AUGAGCUUAUAGGAAGAUUUUACUGUUGACUCUUUUUCUAAUUUCGAACCUGUAGUAAUCCUAGAUGAUAUUAUGCAAAACUUAAAUAUAUAUAACGAUAAAAGAAUAAAAAGCAUCAUUAAAAAAUUAUACUCUAAAUUUACUACUAUAUCAACCGAAGAAAAGGUCCAAAUUAAAUACGUAGACACCUAAAUAGAAAUGUUCACAGAAAAGCAACGAGAAAUCCUCCAUAAUAACGUUCACAAUACCCCCAGGAAAAAUAAAUAAGUUUCCUUUACAUAAAAUGUUUCUAUUUUACAUGUAAAUCCGACUGUAAUUAAUGUAGAUGAUUGGGAAUUCAACGUAAUGUUAUUAUAAUCUGAUGAAGAAAUGUAUAGUACUGCCUGGAAUAUUUUAGUGAGGAAUAAUUAUGUGUAAACAUAUAAUAUAAAGGAAUAAACAUUCGCAAAUUUCAUUAAAUAAAUGUAACUUUUAUACAAUAAAAAUAAUAAUCCAUUUCAUAAUUUUUAACAUGGACUUUCAGUAAUGUAAUCUUGCUAUAUGUUAUCAAAAUGUAAAAAAGCAGUCUAGGCUAUGAAAAAUAUAGAUAUAUUUACUGUGGUUUUUUCAGGUUUAUGCCAUGAUGUAGGACAUACUGGUAGAACAAAUAAUUUCGAAGUCUUGAUUUAGAGCAAAUUGGCUAUUAGAUAUAACGAUAAAUCUGUUUUGGAACAACAUCAUUUAGCUAAUACGUUUAAAAUACUUAAAUUAGAAUCUAUAAAUUGUAAUGUUUUUGAAAAUUUGGAAAGGACAGAAUAUGCUAAUGUUAGAAGAUAAAUGAUCUCGAAUAUUCUUUAUACGGAUAUUAAAUAACAUUUCAAAUUAAAAUAAGACUUUGAGAUUUUCUGGAAAAAUAAUAUUGAUAAUAAUAAAAGUAUAUAAUUAAAUGAUAAUGAACUAGAAUUACUUAGUGGUAUGAUUAUUCAUACAGCAGAUUUUACGGGAGCAGCUAAGUCUUUCCCUUUAGCAAGAAAAUGGUCAGAAAGAGUUAAUUAAGAAUUUAUUUAAUAAUAUGUUGAAGAAGGUUAAAGAAAUGUAGAUUAAACUCCUUUUAUGAAAGAUUUAGAUUAACUUCAUGUUAUGGCUAAAGCUGAAAAAGGUUUUUUGACUGUUAUUGUUUUGCCUUUAUGGUAAUCUCUUAAUGACUUCUAUGAUGGAGAGUUAUAAUAAAAUGUUAUUAAUAUUAAUGAUUCAAUUGAAUAAUGGGGAAAACUAGCAUUAUAGGUCCCAACUUAAAAUCAAAUUGAAAAAGAUGAAAAUAACUAAAAAUGA